AUGGUGGAAUAUUAUCAACAACUACCUUCAAACAAUUAUAAUUAUCAACAACAACUUGGCCAUGAUUACACACAACAAGAAGAGGAAUGGGAUCGUGAAGGAUUAUUGGAUCCAGCUUGGGAAAAGCAACAAAAAAAGACAUUCACUGCAUGGUGUAACAGUCAUUUGAGAAAAGCUGGCACAAGCAUCGAAGUUAUCGAGGAAGACUUCAGAAAUGGUUUGAAGUUGAUGUUAUUAUUGGAAGUGAUAUCAGGCGAAGCACUGCCACGGCCCGAUCGUGGAAAAAUGCGUUUCCAUAAAAUUGCAAAUGUCAAUAAAGCUUUAGAAUACAUCGAAAGCAAAGGCGUUAAAUUGGUUUCUAUUGGUGCAGAAGAAAUUGUUGAUGGUAAUGUCAAAAUGACUCUUGGUCUUAUCUGGACCAUUAUUCUUCGAUUUGCAAUUCAGGAUAUCAAUACUGAUAUUAAAUUUUUCAUUUUGGAAUUAUCGGCGCGUGAUGGAUUAUUGUUAUGGUGUCAGAGGAAAACAGCGCCUUACAAUAACGUUAACGUACAAAAUUUCCAUACCAGCUGGAAAGAUGGCUUAGCAUUUUGUGCUUUAAUCCAUCGUCAUCGUCCAGAAUUGAUUGAUUAUUCGAAAUUACAUAAAGGCGAUCCGCUUCACAAUUUAAAUCUUGCUUUUGAUAUAGCUGAAAAAUAUUUGGACAUUCCAAAGAUGCUUGAUCCUGAAGAUCUUGUCUACAAUCAAAGACCGGACGAAAAAUCGGUCAUGACUUAUGUGUCAUGCUUCUAUCAUGCAUUUCGUGGUGGUCAUCAGGUUGCAGACAUGGUAAGCAAUGUACCUGAUGAGAAAGCGGUGAUGACUUAUGUGUCCAGCUAUUAUCAUUGCUUCCUUGGCAUGCGUAAGACUGAAACAGCGGCUCAUCGUAUCAGUCGUGUACUUAAGGUGAAUCAAGAAAAUGAUAAAAUGAUGGAUGAUUAUGAACGGAUGGCAAGUGAUCUUUUGGAUUGGAUACGUCGUUGGAUGCCAUGGCUAUCAAAUCGAUCAAGCAAUGAAUCAUUAGAAACGAUACGUAAAAAAUUGGAUGAUUUUCGAAAUUAUCGUCAACAUGAGAAACCACCGCGAGUGGAGGAAAAAGGAAAUUUGGAAAUACUUUUUAAUACGUUGCAAACAAAACUUCGAUUAAGCAAUCGACCAGCAUUUUUACCACGGGAAGGACAUCUUAUUAAGGAUAUCAGUGCUGCUUGGCGUGCUUUGGAAGAUUCUGAGAAAGGUUUCGAAGAAUGGCUUCUAAGCGAAAUGAUGAGAUUGGAAAGAUUGGAACAUCUUGCGGAAAAGUUCCGCCGUAAAUGUGCUUUAUAUGAGGAAUGGGCGCAUGGAAAAGAAGAUGCGUUAUGCUCAUCGGAUUGGCGAUCAUGCGGAUUAUAUAAAAUCAAAGCCUUACGCAAACGACAUGAAGCAUUUGAAAGUGAUCUGGGAGCUCAUCAAGAUAGAGUGGAACAAAUUGCGGCAAUUGCUCGUGAAUUAAACAAUUUGAGAUAUCCUAAUAUUGGUCCAAUUAAUGUCAGAUGUCAGAAUAUUUGUGAUCAGUGGGAUCGCCUCGGAAAUCUUUCUCAGCAACGGCGCAGACAGCUCGAAGAAGCGGAGCAAGUAGUAGAGCAUCUCGAUAGGCUCUAUCUCGACUUUGCUAAGCGUGUGGCACCAUUUAACAACUGGCUUGAUGGAGCUCGUGAAGAUUUGGCUGAUAUAGUGAUCGUUCAUGAGAUGAAAGAAGUACAAGAAUUAUUGAAUGCACAUAAUCAUUUCAAAUCAACAAUAUCUGAUGCUGAUAAUGAAUUCACUGCUAUCGUCAAUAUCGAACGAGAAAUUGCUCAAUUAGUUGAACAGCAUGGAUUGGACAGAGAAUUGCUGCGAAAUCCUUACACCGAUUUAUCGGGCGCUGAUAUUCGUCGUAAAUGGCAAGAAGUACAGCAAUCAAUACCAAAACGUGAUGCGCAAUUGCAAAAUGAAUGCCAUCGACAACAAAAUAAUGAACGUUUACGGCAAUUAUUCGCCACAAAGGCCAAUACUGUUGGUCCGUGGCUUGAAAGACAACUUGAACAAGUUUUAUCAAUUGGGCUUGGUGGACGUGGAAGUCUUGAGAAUGCUGUAUCACAAUUAAAAUCGAUUCAACAACAGACAUUCAACUAUAAACCGAAAUUGGAAGAGCUGGAAAGAAUAAAUCAGGAAAUGCAAGAGAAUUAUGUCUUUGAAAAUCGCGCCGCUCGUUAUUCCAUGGAAUCAUUACGCGUUGGUUGGGAAUCACUCUUGACAUCUAUUAACAGGACAAUUAACGAAUGUGAAAAUCAGAUUCUGAUGUGUAACAGUAAAGGAAUCAGCGAAGAGCAGCUGAAUGAGUAUCGUUCAUCUUUCAAUCAUUUCGACAAAGAUAGACAAGGACUCGAUCCUGAGCAACUCAAAUCAUGCCUCAUUUCAAUUGGCUACAAUAUUCGGCCUGGAAAAGAGGGUGAUCAAGAUAUGAGCAGAAUAUUAUCAGUGUUGGAUCCGAAUCGUAUGGGAAGAGUACCAUUUAAUGCCUUCUUGGAUUUCAUGACGCAUGAAACGGGUGAUGCAGAUACAGCCGAACAAAUGAUCGAGUCAUUUAAAAUACUUGCCGGAGGAAAGCCGUAUAUAACCGCAGAAGAAAUUCGUCGCGAAUUACAUGCAGAUCAGGCGGAAUAUUGCAUACAAAGGAUGCAAAAAUUUCCAGCAUCAAGUGGUCCACCUGGUUCCUAUAACUAUAUUUCAUUUAGUAGAAGUUUGUAUAACUAUUAA